GGUUGCUGAACUCACUUAAGAGCCCCUCCGAAAACGAAGCCCGCUUUGAAUCCUUUAAGACCAGAGAAUAUAAAUUCAAUCCAUACCUAUGGGGAGACGAUCUCGGCUUCAGCAUCACAUCACUGGUCAAGACACUGGAACUCAUAGACGACAAAAACGUUAAGAUCAACAUACAAGACACUGAGGCGCUAAUCAGUGUGCUAUUCUACCGGAGAAAGGAGUCUUUGGGCCAGUUGCCCCCGGAUGUCGGGGCUGAUUCCGUUGGAGAGGAAGAUCUUUACGCCCCGUCCCCAGAAGCCGACCAACACGCUGUGUCCUUGUUUUUCUCGUCAGGGGAUACCAAGUUCUGCUACGUGUUGUACAUCCCCGGCGCGGAGUUCAGCGCAGCAAUGCAGGGCAACGUGACGGAGGGGCUCUCAAGAGCGGUCACCUCAGCCACUCGUGCCCAGCACGGGGUCCAGGAUGUUGACGACAGAGACCCCUGCGUGCCCGUGACAGAACUAACCCUUGACGAAGACAGUGUUAGUCGGAGUUUGGAAGAAUUUCAGGUUGAACUGAACUCGACUUUCAGAAUCAGAGUAGCUAAGACCGAAUGCGUCUUCAGGGAUAACUGGGACAUGCCUUCGUCAAUUAUCCUGAACACUCCACAAGGGAUUAACCUCACGUUUGAAUUUCACCUGCACAUCUGCAUGUACUGGGACGUUGAGAGUGAGACAUGGAAACAAGAUGGUUGCAGGGUCAGCCCGCUCUCCACGAGAAAUGUGACAAUCUGCCAGUGCAACCACCUGACUACCUUCGCCUCCACCUUUAUCUCCGUGAACACAAUCGACUUCGUCAGCGUUUUCACCGAGAGCAACCUGGGCGACAACGUGGCCGUGUUUGCCGUGGUCAUCGGGAUAGCGUGCCUGGUUGUUCUGCUGGCUCCUGUCAUGUGGUGGAAGGACAGACAAGAUUUACUGAGGUGGGCUGCACAUCCUCUCGUUGACAAUUCACGUGAAGACACAUAUAUGUAUACGGUUUCUGUAUACACGGGCUAUCCAAAGCACAGUGGUACAAGGUCACUGGUUCACUUCGAUUUGAUUGGAGACUUAGACGGAACCAGGGACCGAAGACUACAGGAUUUGGAAGACUGCACAAGACUGGACACUGGUACCCUAAACCACUACGUGAUGAGCGUACCUCGUAGCCUGGGACCACUGACCUACUUGCACAUCAGACAUGACAACUCAGGCGAAGGACAUUAUGCGUCAUGGUACGUGUACUGGAUUGUCGUGUGUGACCUACAGACUCGGCUGAGGUAUUGCUUUGUACUGAACGACUGGCUAGCUGCAGACUCCCUGACCAAAGAGAUUCCCAGCCGAACACUCCUCUUGGCCGGUCACGAGGAGACACUCGCCGUCAAGUCAGAUUUUUAUCGCGUCGUCCGAGAAACCUUCGCUGACCACCACCUCUGGAACUCCCUCUUCAACCGGCAGCUGCCAAGCCGCUUUACCAGACUCCAGCGCCUCGGUGUCUGCGCGUCGCUGCUGUAUCUCUUCAUGAUCACCAACGCUAUGUUUUACUCUCUUGACUCGCUUGAAGCCCGGCCCGUGUGCCCGGCUUUUCGCCUGGUCCUUGGCCCGUACACCCUGACCUCCCAGCAGCUUUACGUGGGCGCCAUCUCCUCCCUGAUCGUGUUCCCGGUCAACUUUCUCAUCAUCCAGAUAUUCCGACGCGCCCGGGGCGCAGCAGAGACCGUGUCAAUGAACGGGAAACUCGUGGAGUUUGCCUCCCGGUACGGGCAGGCCGUGAGCCCGCCACAGCAAGAGGGCGCUCUCCCGCGUUGGUCGGUAGGGAUCGCAUGGUUCCUGGUGGUUCUGUCGGUUGUGACUGGUGGAUUUUUCGUUGUUUUGUACAGUCUACAAUGGGGCAAGAAGCGAUCAGAGGCCUGGCUGAUAUCGAUGUUUAUGUCGCUUUUGGAAUCGGUGCUUUUAGUUGAACCCGCUAAGACCGUAUUUGUGGCCUUGGUCAUCAGUUGCUGCUGUGGGCGGAUUCUCCGUAAAACUCUAUUCAAAAAUCCGGACAAAUUCAUCAAUACGGACGAGGGGCCAGAAAAAGAAUGCCACAACGGACCUCCCGAUAUCAAACCAGCGACCUGGGGCGCCGGCAGCACAAUGUGGUGGCACAAAAACAUCAACGCUCAGGACAUCGCGGAGCAGAUAGGGCGCCACCUCGUGUUCAUGGUCUUGAUACUGGCCAUCAUUUGGAUGUAUAGGCACAACGAUGCGUUUUACAUGAGCAAAGCUGUCAAAGACGCUCUACUUGGCCCCAAGCCACACUUCAUGAAGAUACGAACAUUUGAAAACUACUGGGAGUGGGCAAACGCAGUCCUGAUACCAACGCUGUACAGCAACGAGACGUACACAGGGGGAGCUCUCAGCGACGAAGAGAUGAUGUUUGCCGGCGAAGCGAUCGGACUGAGGGUUGGGUCUGUCCGCCUCAGACAACUACGUGUGCAAUCAAAUCUGUGUGUGGUAGCCAACAAGAUGACUGACUACGGGUUAGACGAUGAAUGCAAUGUAGAGUAUACCACAUCAAGUGAGGACAAGUCAAACCACGGAGAGCGCUGGCAGAACAGGUCUUUACCCAGCUGGAUGUGCUCUGAUUCCAGUCUCACUUGUCCCUGGAGAUUCACCAAGCCACCAAGUCCUUCCACUAGCAGAUACCUUGGAGUACAGGGGACGGUGUUCAGCGGAGGGGGCUUCAUUGCUGAUCUGGGGACUACCCCCAGACACAGUUACCGAGUCCUCCGCUACCUGCAAGAUGCCGACUGGAUCAGCGUGCAGACCCGUGCAGUUUUCACCGAGUUCACGCUCUACAACCCGGACGCAAACUACUUCUGUCUGGUCACCUACGUCAUCGAGUUUCCCCCGACCAACGGCGCCAUCCCCUUCCCUGUGGUCCACACCUUUCGCCUGUACGACUUCGCCGACGAGACGGAAGUCUACUCGCUCCUGGUGACGCUUCUGCACCUCGUCUUUCUCCUGUGGCUGCUGCGCCUCACCUUCAUCGAGUUUGAGCACCUCAAGAAGGCCAGAGCAAAAUACUUCCUGUCCUUCAACAACUGUCUAGAAGCGAUGACCAUCAUGCUGAGUGCCUUUGGAGUGAUAAUCUAUGUAAUCAGGCAGUACGCUGUGGAUGCAUUCAGUGCAGAGAUUGCUGUGAAGAAAGACCUCCAUUUUAGCUUCCGGACGUUGGUCUUUCUAGAUGAGCUCUACGCUCUGUCCUUAGGAACCAUCGGCUUCCUCGCCACGAUCAAGCUCCAGGCUCUGUUAUGCUUCGACAGGCGGUUCACUGUCAUGACGCGCACCCUCUCCGACGCCAAGUUCAAGCUUCUUGGGUGCGGCGUCGUCUUUUUCAUCGUGUUCUACGGCUUUGUCUGGAUUAACUACCUUAUUAUUGGAUCAGAGCAGAAAGACUACAGUACAAUAAUCUCCACGUCCGAAACACUACUCAUCACCCUCCUUGGCAAGUUCCGUUUCAGCCAGUUCGACACCAACGCCUCCUCCAAGACGUUGGUCAUCAUCAUCUUCAUCCUGUUCUGCGUUUUCCAGGGUUUUAUUCUACUGAAUAUGUUCAUGUCAAUCAUCAUCGACUCUUUCGCCACAUUGCGCGCCGACGAGGCCACCUACGAAAACACGGUGUACCUAGAAGACGUCAUAGCUUCUGAGAUCCGCCGGAAUGUCAGAAAGAUCAUUCCACAGCGAGUUCUUAAAAGAUGGGAUAACAGCAGAAUUUUAUCAGGAAGACUGACUGGGGCGCAACUCGAAAACUCUCCGGGGGAAUGGCGGCGGAAAUUACCUAAUCCAUCUCCAGAUAGCUGCCCUGACAGAUGUCCCUCCUCCAGGCCCGGGGGUAUUCCAUCACAGCAGACAGCGGAGGAUGACGCGGGUGCAGGGAAGCAGAAGCGGAUUGCGAGCCAUACAAGCCCGGAACAGACCGGGCAGACCCAGGCCAGCGACACCUCUAAGCCUGGCCCGCGGUCUAGCUUAGCAAUGCACGUGCAGGGCUUUCCACCGGACAGGUUUGCUCGCUCCCUCAAGAGGGGCGAGAAGACGUCUGCUGCUAUGGAUCUGCUGGAAAAGGCUGUUGAUAGACUCAUAACACGAGUGGGCAUUGACGUGACUGCACAUCCUACAGAUCACUCAGAGAAUGUGUACAUAGCUCAGCCUGACCAUAUGAACCUCGAAACUAUAUAA